AUAGACUUGCUCUCUGAGGGAUAAUUUUGGGGGUCACUUCUGCCCCCUUUGUGCCUGCAGCUAAGACUAUGGAAUUUUUUAGGAAAGAAAACGAAGAGCCUUCACCAGAGUUUGUUCUUAGCAAGGACGAUAUCACAGGUGAUGAUGAUGGUCUCAUGAAGGUGAAAAUGUCUUGUGGACAUGCGACAGAUCCUGGGGUCUUAUCAGGCUGGUGCCGAAGUCUAUUAGACCAGGGUCACUUGAAGUUUCAUUGCCCUGCUAAUGUUGAUGGGAACAAAUGUGGAGAGGAAUGGUCCUACCAGGAAGUCCGUCGGAACGCGUCACUCAGUGAAACAGAGCAACGGAAUUUUGAAGAGAAGCUUGCGAUGUUUGCAGCUAAAUUUUACCACAACUUCAAAGAGUGUCCCAACUGCAAAAGCUUUGUGGAACGCCGAGAUUUGAAAAACCUGAGAGUGGUUUGUAUCCUCUGCCAUUCGCUGAAGGGGGAAACCUUUGAGUUCUGCUGGCAGUGCCUGAAGCCCUGGAAAGGCACAGGGGCCCCCUCCGAGAGGUGUGACAAUGAAGGCUGCAAGAACCAGUCGCUGGAAGUCUUAGCAAACUGCAAACUGAAGGAUCUUCCCGGAAGUGAAAUAAAAAGCUGCCCCUCCAUCCGGGCGUGUCCCACCUGUGGGCGACUCAUUGAGCACAUGGAAAAGUGCAAAUAUGUUAACUGUCCACAGUGUCAUGUCGAAUUUUGUUUUGCUUGCCUGGAAACUGCUCGCAACUGCCAAGCCAGCAAAAGUGGGGCCUGGUUUAAAUUCUGUGCAAAAUCACUAGCUCCCAGACAAGCAGAAAUUCCAGUUUGGUCUCAGAAAUGACCAAAAGUAUUUCAGCCACACAGGCAGGGGAGACCAUGAAUUGACUUAUAAUCAGUAAAUUUACCAUCCAUUAGAAUACUCUCCAACACAAUGAAUUUAGAGCUUCUAGGGGCCUAUGGAUCAUUUUGUUUAUAGCCAUUAUUAGGUUGUGUCUAACUCUCACAGUGUAAUGAUCUGUACUAUCCAUCCAGUUUGCUUAGCUUGUGGUUCAGCAAAGGAUUUAAACGCAUGCUUAACUUCAGAAAUGUAUUUAGGUCUCAUUGACUUCAUAGACAGGGUUGCCAGAUGGUUUCAAGAAAAAUACUGGCCACACUUGACAUUGUAUCACAAUCUACAUUACAUCUGAUUGAGAAAAUACUGAACAGUUCUAUUUACUCAAUUAUAGUGUCUCAAUUUUUUUCCCCGAACAGAAAGCUCAAAUACUGGACUAUUUGGUUAAAAACUGGACACUUGGCAACCCUAUCAUAGAAAAGGACUGAAGCACAUGCUUAUAUAUUUCGCUGAAUCGGGGCCUUAAUUUUUAAAA